GAGAGAGAGAGAGAGAGAGAGAGAGAAAGAGAGAGGAGUAAGAAACAAAAGAAAGAAAGAAAGAGGGAGAAAAAAAAAAAAAAAAAAAAAAAACUUAGCAAAAAAGAAAGCGAGAUCAAAUCCCCAUGACCGAGGCCCUCCCCUCACCACACGUCCUCCCUCGCUCUGCCGCAGUUGUCGUGGUGGUGAACCCGAAGGUGUGCGACGGGAAUGGGAGGCGCGGCGUCUGUUUGCCUUACUUCUACUGCGGGAAGUACGAGGGGACCGUCGCGGGCAAGUGCACGCUGGGCCUCGGCGAGUGCUGCGUCUGUGAGUGUUCUCUGCGCCUGGACCUCAAGACGGCCGAGCUGGCCCCGCCCGACGCCGAGGGAGUGUGUCAGGACCAAUUCCUUCAGGUAGAGGUUUACCUGGAUGUCCGCGCUGAUGACGGGCCCUUCGAAGUCAAGGUGACAAACAACGUUGACUCUCCGGACUCAGAAUGGGACAUUGAGGUCGAGCAGAUCGGCUGCACUUCGCCGGACUUGGCACCGGCAGGGUGUCUUCAGUACAUCAAAGGCAAGACGGGGGAGAUACAAAGUUUCAAUUACGAAGAUAAGCCAACAGAUGCUAAACAACCUAAUGGAAAUACAGGAUCUCGCCACCUGCAGGAGGACUACAGCAUCUGUGUCCGCCAAGAACCGGGCUACUGUAGCAUCAAAUGGGCGGCCGCGGCGGGCGAGACUCACGCCUUCACCCUCACUGGGGACUUGGUCGGCAUCCCUAACAUCCUUCCGCCCAUCUUCGGAUCCGCCACCAACAGCUUGUGCCCAUUCACGGACCACCUGGUGAUCGCUGGCGGCACGGUGGUCGCGGGGGGCGGCGAGACCCCCGCCAGCAUUUUCUGCGGAUCCGAGUUCCCGGAUGAAGUCGUCAGCGAUAGUUUCAGGGUGGAUGUGGUGACCAAUGGACAGGAAGGCGACGACACCGACUUCGACAACCGAGGUUUCCAUCUCGAGUACGAACAAAUUAAAUGCUGAAAAGUCGUGAAAAUAUUCUACGCGCGUUUAUUGUAUGGUAUAUAUUUAGUAUUAUAAGAUUUUUUUUAUUGUUUUAUUGUUGUUGUUGCUGAUGUUAUAAAUAUUAUUUUUUCUGUAUUUGUUUUAUGCUUAUUGCUCUCUGUUGUUUAUUUUUUGUAACGAUGCUAAAGAAAUGGA